AUGUAUCGAGCGCUGAUCAACUGGAUCACAUAUAGCUUCGCAUUAGCAUAUCCUAACGUCCUUCCAGAGCACCAACAGGAGCUUCUUGCACAGCAACCCGGAGCCUCAAUCAACGACCACCUCCACUUCUCGUCAACCAUUCGAGACGUCCUGCUACAACACCAGAUCAUCACUCAAGUCCUCGACGAUUUUGAGCCUACCUACUAUCUAGACAUCGCCUACCAUAAGGACCACGAACGAGUCCUCCUCGGUAAUGACAUUCCGGUCAAGGCCGUGGCCAAGCGUCCUACCUUCACUUUUCACCCUAUUAGCGGACCUCCUUCGUAUGGUGACCGACCCAGCGAGAACAACCUGACAUUCACCCUCAUCCUAACGGAUCCUGACGCUCUCUCGUACGAGCACCCGGUCAAGAGCGAAAUGUGUCACUGGAUCAUGACAAACUUGACUACUCCAAUCGGUAGCACGGAAGUCGACUGGCCAGAUUCAAGCAAGUCUUGGGAUGACCUCUUAGACUCGGUGGCUCGAACGGAAUCGAUGGACCCAGCGCAACUCGAGAAAAAGGCAGGUGAGCUUGAGGCAUACCAGCCACCAGGCCCGCCAAAGAAGACUGGUCCUCAUCGCUAUGUUUUUGUUCUGCUGGAAGGUGAUGCAUCAAACCUGCAUGCUCCGAAAGAGAGACCUCACUGGGGCUAUGGUAAGGAAAGACAUGGUGUGAGAGACUGGGCGAAGGAGAAUAACUUGACAGUCGUUGGAGCGAAUUUUUUCCUGGCUCAACACAAGAAGCAGUAA